UUGAUCACACAAGUUUCUAUUUUCAACUAAGUUUCUUCUUCUUUCGAUUCUGAACUCUUAAACCCUCAAAAUCCAAAACCACCGUUUCGCACAACCAUCGCCACCGUGAACCACCUUCAACCCAAAUUCCUAAUCGUUUCGAAGAACAAUCGCCACCGUCAACCCAAAACGCUUCGAACAACCACCGUCAUGUCGAACAACAACCACCAUGUUUCACCACCGGGAACCACCAUCCCUCACUUUCCUCCGCCACCGUCCGAUUCAGAAUCACUUCUCGACGAGAGAGCUAGAAAAUGGAAGAAACUGAACUCAAAUCGUUACUGCGAUAGUCGAAAGUUAGGGUUCAUCGAAUCUCAGAAAGAACUCAUGCCACCGGAACACGUUCGAAAAAUCAUCCGCGAUCACGGUGAUAUGUCAUCAACGAAAUUCCGUCACGAUAAGCGAGUUUAUCUCGGAGCACUGAAAUUCGUACCGCAUGCUAUUUAUAAGCUUCUGGAAAAUAUGCCAAUGCCAUGGGAGCAAGUUCGAGAUGUUAAAGUUCUGUAUCAUGUUUCUGGUGCUAUUACAUUUGUGAAUGAAAUUCCGCUUGUUAUUGAACCAAUUUACAUCGCUCAAUGGAGUACAAUGUGGAUUAUGAUGCGGAGAGAGAAGCGUGAUCGACGAUGUUUUAAGAGGAUGAGGUUCCCACCGUUUGAUGAUGAGGAGCCUGUGAUUGAUUAUGCUGAUAAUCUGUUGGAAGUUGAACCGCUCGAAGCAAUUCACCUUGAGUUAGAUGAAGAGGAGGAUGGUCCUGUGUUUGAUUGGUUUUAUGAUCAUAAGCCACUCGUGAAAACUAAAUUUGUUAAUGGGCUGAGUUAUCGAAAAUGGUGUCUUCCGAUUCCGGUGAUGGAAACUUUGCAUAGGCUUGCUGGGCAGCUUUUGUCUGAUUUGUGUGAUAGGAAUUAUUUCUAUUUGUUUGAUGUGGAGUCCUUUUUUACAGCUAAGGCUUUGAAUAUGUGUAUACCUGGUGGGCCGAAGUUUGAGCCUCUGUAUCGUGACGCGGAGAAAGGAGAUGAAGAUUGGAAUGAGUUUAAUGACAUUCACAAACUUAUUAUAAGGUCAAAACUUAGGACUGAGUAUAGGAUUGCUUUUCCGCAUCUUUAUAACGAUAGGCCGAGGAAAGUAAGGCUUGGUGUUUACCAUACUCCCAUGGUUGUGUAUGUGAAGGCUGAUGAUCCUGAUUUACCUGCAUUUUAUUAUGAUCCCUUGAUACACCCGAUAGCUGGUGCUGGUAACAAAGAGCGGUGCGAGAUGGAAAUCUGCAAUGAGGAUGAUGAUGACUGGAUUUUGCCUGAUGGUGUGGAACCUUUUCUCAAAGAUGUGGAGCUUUAUACCGACACUACCACUGAUGGAAUGUCAUUGCUUUUUGCUCCCCGUCCUUUUAACAUGAGAUCGGGCCGAAUGAGGCGUGCAGAAGACAUUCCUCUUGUGUCAGAAUGGUACAAGGAGCAUUGUCCUCCAUCGUAUCCGGUUAAAGUGAGGGUUAGUUAUCAAAAGUUGCUCAAGUGUUUUGUGUUGAAUGAACUGCAUCAUAGACCUCCUAAGCCUCAACAAAAGAAGAACUUAUUCAGAUCACUUCAAGCGACAAAGUUUUUCCAGACCACAGAACUUGAUUGGGUUGAAGCAGGUCUUCAAGUUUGUAAGCAGGGGUACAACAUGUUGAAUCUGUUGAUACACAGGAAAAAUUUGAACUACCUUCACCUUGAUUAUAAUUUUAAUUUGAAGCCUGUCAAAACCUUGACUACAAAAGAGCGUAAGAAAUCACGAUUUGGUAAUGCUUUUCAUCUCUGUCGUGAGAUCCUUCGUUUGACGAAACUUGUGGUGGAUGCCAAUGUUCAGUAUCGCUUGGGUAAUGUUGAUGCUUUUCAGCUGGCGGAUGGCCUCCAAUAUACUUUCUCUCAUGUUGGUCAAUUGACCGGUAUGUAUCGAUACAAGUAUAGGCUUUUGCGACAAAUAAGAAUGUGCAAAGACUUGAAACACUUGAUUUACUACCGUUUUAACACUGGCCCUGUCGGGAAGGGACCCGGUUGUGGGUUUUGGGCACCGAUGUGGAGGGUUUGGUUAUUCUUUCUUCGUGGUAUUGUGCCCCUUCUUGAACGAUGGCUUGGAAAUUUACUGGCACGACAGUUUGAGGGACGCCACUCUAAAGGAGUGGCGAAGACCGUAACUAAGCAACGUGUUGAAAGCCAUUUUGACUUGGAGCUUCGGGCAGCUGUUAUUCACGAUGUGGUUGAUGCCAUCCCGGAGGGUAUGAAGGAGACCAAGUCAAGAGUUAUAUUGCAGCAUUUGAGUGAAGCAUGGCGAUGCUGGAAGGCAAAUAUUCCUUGGAAGGUCCCUGGUAUGGCUGUUCCAAUAGAGAAUAUGAUCCUUCGAUAUGUGAAAUCAAAAGCAGAUUGGUGGACAAAUGUCACCCAUUAUAAUCGUGAGCGUAUAAGAAGAGGAGCAACUGUUGAUAAGACUGUUUGUCGCAAGAAUCUUGGAAGAAUGACUCGUCUUUGGCUGAUGGCAGAGCAGGAGCGCCAAUGCAAUUAUUCAAAAGAUGGCCCAUAUGUUACUCCUGAAGACGGUGUUACUAUUUAUACAACUAUAGUCCAUUGGUUAGAAUCUCGGAAGUUCUCCCAUAUUCCAUUUCCACCUCUAUCAUACAAGCAUGAUACAAAGCUGCUUAUCCUUGCACUUGAGAGGUUGAAGGAAUCCUACAGUGGUUCAGCAAGAUUAAAUCAAUUUCAAAGAGAAGAGUUGGGGCUGAUUGAACAAGCUUAUGACAAUCCACACGAGGCAUUAUCACGAAUCAAACGACACCUCCUCACCCAACGUGCAUUCAAAGAAGUUGGAAUAGAGUUUAUGGAUUUAUAUGGUUACUUGAUUCCGGUUUACGAAAUAGAGCCUCUGGAGAAAAUUACAGAUGCAUAUCUUGAUCAAUAUCUGUGGUAUGAAGGGGACAAACGUCAUCUAUUUCCUAACUGGAUCAAGCCAGCAGAUUCAGAGCCACCACCUCUUUUAGUUUACAAAUGGUGUCAAGGUAUAAAUAAUUUGGAAGGCAUCUGGGACACCAGUGAUGGUCACUGCGUUGUGAUGUUGCAGACCAAAUUUGAGAAGUUUUUCGAGAAGAUUGAUAUACUAAUGUUAAAUAGGCUUCUCCGUUUGGUUCUAGACCACAACAUUGCUGAUUAUAUCACUGCAAAAAACAAUGUUGUGUUGUCAUACAAGGAUAUGAGCCACACGAAUAAAUAUGGUCUUAUACGUGGACUACAGUUUGCCUCCUUUGUUGCUCAGUAUUAUGGCCUGAUAUUGGAUCUCUUGCUUCUUGGAUUGACUCGAGCGAGAGAGAUUGCUGGUCCGCCGCAGAUGCCUAACGAGUUCAUUACUUAUUGGGACACUAAAGUUGAGACCAGGCAUCCAAUUAGGCUGCAUUCCCGGUACAUAGAUAAAGUUUAUAUGUUAUUUCGUUUCACACAUGAGGAGGCUCGGGAUCUCAUUCAGAAAUAUCUCACUGAACACCCUGAUCCUAACAAUGAGAACAUGGUGGGGUACAAUAAUAAGAAGUGCUGGCCAAGAGAUGCAAGAAUGAGGCUCAUGAAGCAUGAUGUCAAUCUUGGGAGGAGUGUCUUUUGGGAUAUGAAAAACCGUCUUCCUCGAAGCAUCACAACACUGGAAUGGGAAAACAGCUUCGUUUCUGUUUACAGCAAAGAUAAUCCAAACUUGCUUUUUAGCAUGUGUGGAUUUGAAGUGCGGAUACUUCCUAAAAUUAGAACGACUCAAGAAGCAUUCGGUAACACAAGAGAUGGUGUUUGGAAUCUCCAGAAUGAACAAACCAAAGAAAGGACAGCUACUGCUUUCUUAAGAGUUGAUGAUGAACAGAUUAAAAUGUUUGAGAAUCGUGUGAGGCAGAUUCUUAUGUCUUCGGGUUCUACUACAUUCACAAAAAUUGUCAAUAAGUGGAAUACAGCUUUAAUAGGACUCAUGACUUACUUCCGAGAGGCAACUGUACAUACUCAAGAGUUGUUGGAUUUGCUUGUCAAAUGUGAAAAUAAAAUUCAGACCCGUAUCAAGAUAGGACUCAACUCAAAGAUGCCUAGCAGAUUUCCGCCUGUCAUUUUCUACUCGCCCAAGGAAGUUGGAGGACUUGGGAUGUUGUCUAUGGGUCACAUUUUGAUUCCACAAAGUGAUAUACGUCACAAUCAGAAGACAGAUGUUGGUGUAACCCACUUCAGAAGUGGGAUGAGUCAUGAGGAGGGUCAGUUGAUUCCCAGCCUUCAUCGUUAUAUACAGCCCUGGGAAAGGGAGUUCAAUGAUUCACAACGUGUCUGGGCUGAAUAUGCAGUGAAAAGGCAGGUAGCACAAGCACAGAAUAGGCGCUUGACCCUUGAGGAUUUGGAAGACUCAUGGGACCAAGGGAUUCCACGUAUUAACACUUUGUUUCAGAAGGAUAGACACACUUUGGCUUAUGAUAAAGGAUGGAGGGUACGUUUAGACUUCAAGCAGUAUCAAGUUUUAAAACAAAAUCCCUUCUGGUGGACACACCAGAGGCAUGAUGGGAAGUUGUGGAACUUGAAUAAUUACCGAACUGAUGUUAUUCAAGCUCUUGGAGGAAUUGAACAAAUUCUUGAACACACUUUAUUCAAAGGAACAUAUUUUCCAACUUGGGAAGGUCUCUUCUGGGAAAAAGCAUCAGGUUUUGAGGAAUCUAUGAAGUAUAAGAAGCUCACCAAUGCACAAAGAUCUGGUCUCAACCAGAUACCCAACCGUAGAUUUACGCUUUGGUGGUCACCAACCAUUAACCGAGCCAAUGUUUAUGUUGGUUUCCAGGUGCAGCUAGAUCUGACUGGUAUUUUCAUGCAUGGGAAAAUUCCAACUUUGAAGAUAUCUCUUAUUCAGAUAUUCAGAGCUCACUUGUGGCAGAAGAUCCAUGAGAGUGUUGUCAUGGAUCUUUGUCAGGUAUUGGAUCAAGAGUUGGACGCUUUGGAGAUUGAAACUGUCCAGAAGGAAACAAUCCAUCCUAGGAAGAGUUACAAAAUGAACAGUUCUUGUGCAGACAUCCUUCUCUUUGCUGCCCACAAAUGGCCAAUGUCAAAGCCUAGUCUUGUAGCUGAAUCUAAGGAUGUUUUUGAUCAGAAGGCAAGCAAUAAGUAUUGGAUUGAUGUUCAGCUUCGAUGGGGUGAUUAUGAUUCUCACGAUAUUGAGCGUUACACCAGGGCUAAAUUUAUGGAUUACACAACAGAUAAUAUGUCUAUAUACCCAUCUCCUACUGGGGUUAUGAUUGGCCUUGAUUUGGCAUAUAACUUGCAUUCUGCAUUUGGGAACUGGUUCCCUGGAUCAAAGCCACUACUUCAGCAGGCCAUGAAUAAGAUUAUGAAGUUAAAUCCUGCAUUGUAUGUUUUGAGGGAACGAAUCAGGAAAGGUCUGCAGUUGUACUCUUCUGAGCCCACUGAACCAUAUUUGUCUUCCCAAAAUUAUGGAGAGAUAUUCAACAACCAAAUCAAAUGGUUUGUUGAUGACACUAAUGUGUAUCGCGUUACAAUUCAUAAGACUUUUGAAGGAAAUCUUACAACAAAACCCAUCAAUGGUGCCAUUUUUAUCUUCAAUCCAAGGACUGGGCAGUUGUUUCUUAAGGUUAUCCAUACGAGUGUAUGGGCCGGUCAGAAGCGUCUCGGCCAACUGGCGAAGUGGAAAACAGCAGAAGAAGUUGCUGCUCUUGUAAGGUCUUUGCCUGUAGAAGAAGAGCCAAAGCAAAUUAUUGUUACCCGUAAAGGAAUGUUGGACCCGUUGGAGGUUCACUUGUUGGAUUUCCCCAAUAUUGUUAUCAAAGGAAGUGAGCUGCAACUUCCUUUCCAAGCAUGCUUGAAAAUUGAGAAAUUUGGGGAUCUUAUUUUGAAGGCCACAGAACCACAAAUGGUUUUGUUCAACAUUUACGACGACUGGCUGAAGAGCAUUUCCUCAUACACUGCAUUCUCCAGGCUGAUUCUUAUUCUGCGUGCACUUCAUGUGAAUAAUGAAAAGGCAAAGAUGUUACUGAGGCCUGACAUAACUGCUGUCACUGAACCUCAUCACAUCUGGCCUUCUCUAAGUGAUGACCAGUGGAUGAAGGUGGAGGUUGCAUUAAGAGAUCUUAUACUUUCUGAUUAUGCAAAGAAAAACAAUGUGAAUACUUCAGCUUUGACCCAGUCUGAGAUUCGUGAUAUUAUACUUGGAGCUGAGAUUACUCCCCCUUCACAACAGCGGCAACAGAUUGCAGAGAUUGAAAAACAGGCACGCGAAGCAAAUCAGGUGACAGCUGUAACAACACAGACUACAAAUGUUCACGGUGAAGGACUGAUUGUAACCACCACUAGUCCCUAUGAGCAAGCUGCUUUUGGUUCGAAGACUGAUUGGCGUGUCAGAGCAAUAUCAGCCACAAAUUUAUACCUUCGAGUAAACCAUAUAUAUGUGAAUUCGGAGGACAUAAAGGAAACGGGCUAUACUUAUAUCAUGCCAAAGAACAUUUUGAAAAAGUUUAUAUGCAUAGCAGAUCUUCGAACACAGAUUUCUGGGUAUUUGUAUGGUAUAAGUCCUCCUGACAAUCCUCAGGUUAAGGAAAUCCGGUGCAUUGUGAUGCCACCACAGUGGGGGACUCAUCAACAUGUCCAUCUCCCAUCAGAUCUGCCAGAACAUGAUUUCUUGAAUGAUUUGGAGCCUUUGGGAUGGAUGCAUACUCAACCAAAUGAAGUUCCGCAGUUGUCGCCUCAGGAUCUCACUUCACAUGCUAAGGUCCUAGAGAACAAUAAACAAUGGGAUGGGGAGAAGUGUAUUAUCUUGACUUGCAGUUUUACUCCGGGUUCUUGUUCUUUAACUGCAUAUAAACUAACUCCAUCUGGUUAUGAAUGGGGACGUAUUAACAAGGAUACAGGAAGCAACCCACAUGGUUAUCUUCCCACUCAUUAUGAGAAGGUUCAGAUGCUCCUCAGUGAUCGCUUCAUUGGUUUCUACAUGAUUCCUGAUAAUGGUCCAUGGAAUUACAACUUUAUGGGAGUGAGGCACGCAUCAGGCAUGAAGUAUGGAGUGAAGCUUGGGACCCCUAGGGAGUAUUACCAUGAAGAUCAUAGGCCAACCCAUUUCUUAGAGUUCAGCAAUAUGGAGGAAGGGGAGACAAUCGCCAAGGGAGAUCGAGAGGAUACAUUCUCUUAGAGUGUGUUUGAGUUGGAGAUUGUAAAAAGUGGUGAAGAUGUUUGAUUACGGCUGGAUCCUUGUGGAGCUGGGACAGUCUAUAUUAGAUUAACUUUCAGUGGGGCGUUGGAUUUGGCGGCUGUUUUUGGUAACAAUGAGCUAGAAUUAUCACACACUGUUAUUUUGUUUGUACUAAAUUUACAGGUUUUGCUCAGCUAGAACUUGAAUUACAUAGUCACUGCACAUUGAGAAUGUCUCAACUAUUGUUACACUGAACUGUUAGCAAUACUUGUUGGCAAAUGGUUAGAGAAAUAAAUUUCUGUGUUAGUUUUGUUUUUUAAGUAAUCAAUGUACAACUCCUCCAAAAGUAAUCAUGUACAAUGAAUUUUUGAA